AGAAAUCUCCCGCCCUCCGUCCGGAGCUUUUUAAACGAAGGCGGGACGCGGCUCGUCUCACUGCUCGAGUCUCUGUCCGCGGCUCAACCGACCCGAUCUCCCGCUGCAGGCUCGUCGUCAACAUGGUUCGGACCAAGGCCGACAGUGUCCCCGGCUCCUACCGGAAAGCCGUUGCAGCUUCUGCUCCGCGGAAAUCUCUGGGCUCCAGUUCAGCCAACGCCUCGUCCUGCAGCAGUCAGACGUCCACCCCAGCCAAGGGUAAAUACGCCGGAGGGAACCCCGUGUGUCCCCGCCCCACUCCCACUUGGCAGAAGGGCAUCGGGGAUUUCUUCGGUGGUCCGCCGCGGAAGCCCGAGAAGGAGAACCAGCAGCCGCAGGAGGUCGAGGACGACGAGGAGGCCGGGGGCAGCGGGAUGUCAAAGGUCAACAGGAAGUCGCGGCCGCUGCCCGAUGAGGAUGAGGAGGAAGAGUGAAGAUGAAUUAUGAUUCAUAAAUCCUGCUCUGUGGCACAUUAAUGUACAUCUGUAUAUAAUUUCUGCUGAUUUCACGUUGUAUAGAUAAUUAAACAUUUCUUCUUUUUUUUUACUGUUUUUAAA